AUGUUUACUUUCCUCAACGACCCCACUUUUCCCUCACUCAGCGAGGCGCACAAGCCGUUUGUCAAUGAGACGGUCAUGGACGUAUGCGGUGUUACACGGCCUUUUGCCGUUAGCAAACUCAGGCAUAACGGCGAUGUAGACAUCUUAGGCAGCGACGUAGACCCUAUCAUGGCCACCAAAGCUCUUGUGCGGGACUUCCUCGACCGACUUCCCUACACUGCCCCCUGCGUCCCGGCAGACUCGGAGCUUAGGCACGAGGUCGCAGACCUGAUUGCCUCCUGGAACGCUGGCCUCAGCUGGAACCACGAGCACCAGCGCAUGGUCGCCAUCUACACGGCAUGCCUCACCUUGGCUGACGAUCUCGGGCACCACAAUAUGGAGGCGCUUGGGCAAUUCGUUGGGCGAUUCACUCGUGGGGAGCCGCAGCUGCAUCCUGCCUUGGAUUGCCUGGUCAAGCUACUCGGUACCCUACACGAGUUCUGUCCCCGCAUCAACGCCGACGCAAUCAUCGCCAGCACCGUUGAUUCGGUGAGCGCGAUGUACGUCGAGGUCCUUUCGCAAGGCGAUGUCAUCUCUCCCUUCGCGACGAAGUACCCCUUCUACUUUCGCCUCAAGACCGGUAUCGCGCCGGCUUACGCUCACCUGAACUUCACGAAGAGCUGGGGGGACGACGUUGGAACUUACUAUCUGCAGCUUCUUCCUGAGACCGAGCUUGUGGUAGUCGGUUUCAACGAUAUAAUUUCGUUCUAUAAGGAAACGCUCGCAGGGGAAACAGAUAAUUACGUCAAUAUGCGCGCGGCCGUGGAACAGAAACAAGCAAUUUCGGUCCUCCGGCAAGUCAUCGCGGAGAAUUUGGACUCGGUGUACAAAUUGAGGCAAAUGGCUGCCCCUCAGCCAGGUCUCACGGAAAUUUACCUUGGUUUCUUGAUGGGCUACGUGGAGUUCCAUUUCAAGGCACGCCGAUACCGGUUGCACGAGAUCGUAGCGGAGGUGGACGAGCAAUGA